UUAUCCAAAUACCAUAGUUAAAACACCUCAUAAACACAACUCAACUUCUCUCAUUUUAAAAUCACAUGGCUGAAUUCACAGAAAAUAUGCAAUUGCAAAGCAAUAUUAGACCCUCCCAGUUUCCAUUCUUAGAGAUUGAUCCAAGCAUGGAACUCCUAAACCAGUUCUUAGGGAUGAACCAACAUGUCCUAGAAAACUCAAACUUGAUUCCUAUGCACAACUUGGUGCCUUUCUCCUGUGACACCUUUUUGGGCCCUCAAGAGCCUGAGUGUCCAGGAAACUUGGAAGAAAAUUUCCCUGCCCAUGUCAACCACAAUGCACUUCCUAUUUCCCUCCCCAUUUUCCAAGCAGAAAAUGAGAUCCAUGAAGGUAAAAAGAGGAAAUCAAUGGAUCUUCCUGAGACAAGUUCAGCUAACUCAACUCCUGCAGUUUCUGAAAGUGGAAGCAAGAUCAAACAUAGUUCUGGAAGAGGGAAGAGAGUAAAAAGCAAUGUAACAGAAGAGGAGAAAGCAAAGGAAGUGGUUCAUGUCAGAGCCAGAAGAGGUCAAGCUACUGAUAGUCACAGUUUAGCAGAAAGGGUUAGAAGAGGGAAAAUCAAUGAGAAAUUAAGGUGCUUACAGAACAUUGUUCCAGGAUGUUACAAGACCAUGGGUAUGGCAGUAAUGUUGGAUGAAAUCAUAAACUAUGUGCAGUCCUUGCAGCAUCAAGUAGAGUUCCUUUCUUUGAAGCUUACUGCAGCAAGUACCUUUUAUGACUUCAAUUCCGAGACAGAUGCUUUGGAAACAAUGCAGUUGAUUUGUGGCAGAGAGCAAGGGCAUCCGAGGCAAAAGAGCUAGGAAAGUAUAAGAAAGAAGGGUAUGGAGGAGUUUCUUUCUUCCAACCAGCAUGGCCCCUUUGACUUCAGUUUUGGAUGUUUUAACUCAGCAGCUAUACAAGACAUGAGAUCACACUUCAUCUGCUCUUUUACUUUAAUUUUUCAAAGUUUAAAAGAUCAAUUUGUUUCCACUAUGUGCUACCAGCACAUGCAAGUGGACAUUCUUGCUUGUACAAUCCUUCAGACGUGUAGAAAUGAAAUGGAAGUUAAUAAAAAAAAGGCUAUAUUUCAUUUUUUUUUUU